AUGACGGAGGGCCAGCUGCGCAGCAAACGGGACGAGUUCUGGGACACGGCUCCGGCUUUCGAGGGCCGCAAGGAGAUCUGGGACGCACUGAAGGCCGCCGCCGUGGCCCUGGAGUGCAACGACCAUGAGCUGGCCCAGGCCAUCGUGGACGGGGCCAGCAUCACCCUGCCCCACGGCACUUUGACAGAGUGUUACGAUGAGCUGGGGAACCGGUACCAGCUGCCCGUGUACUGCCUGGCCCCUCCCAUCAACCUGAUCUCUGAGCGCAGUGAUGACGAGCCCAGCGACAGCCCUGAGCCGCCCACUGCCCCCAAGAAGGAGUUCCAGCUCAAGGUGCGUCUGUCCACGGGGAAGGACCUGCGCCUCAGCAGCAGCAUGGCCGACAGCAUCGGACUGCUGAAGAAGCAGCUCCAGGCGCAGGAGGACAUCGACGUCACCCACCAGCGCUGGUUCUUCUCCGGGAAACUGCUCACGGACAAGACCCGCCUGCAGGACAUCAAGAUCCAGAAGGACUUUGUAAUCCAGGUCAUCGUGAACCCCCUGGCCCUCAAGGCGCUCGCUCUGCCCCCCAGUACACCUGCCUCCGAAUGA